AAACGACCCCCAUACGGAGACAGCUCGAAACCAAAUCCGAAUCCACGCAUCCCAACGAGCCUGUGGCAUCAGCUUUCUCUUUCCUUUGAAUUUAUUGUUCUUACCCCUAUACGAUACAAUUUAGUCCCAUUUGUAUACUUGUAUAUAUACGCUGUACACACCGGGACUCUUUAAUUGUUUCUGGUUCGCUUUCAUCAACAUCAUAUGCGUAUUGUGACUCCAAGAAUUUGCUGCUUACACUACGUUUGGAAGAUUCUUUGAGUGCAAGUAUGCAGGACGGCGCGGAUAUUCAUCAACGUAUUGCCAGAAUUUCAGCGCACCUCAAUCCUCCCGCUGAUCGUUUCCGGGUGGAGGGGAGUUCGAGCGUAUGGCGUGCGGAUUGCCGGGCAAAAGGAGGGUCACCGGGCUUCAAAGUGGCAAUAUUGGGGGCAGCUGGCGGGAUAGGCCAGCCGUUAGCAAUGCUAAUGAAGAUGAACCCAUUGGUUUCGGUGCUUCAUCUUUAUGAUGUAGUCAACACCCCAGGCGUCACCGCAGAUAUCAGUCAUAUGGACACUGGUGCUGUGGUUCGUGGUUUUCUCGGGCAAAAUCAGUUGGAGGAUGCGCUUACUGGCAUGGACCUUGUAAUCAUUCCUGCCGGUGUUCCGAGGAAACCUGGAAUGACGAGGGAUGAUCUUUUCAACAUUAAUGCAGGAAUAGUUAGGACUCUUUGUGAAGGAAUUGCUAAGUGCUGUCCUAAAGCCAUUGUUAACUUAAUCAGUAAUCCAGUGAACUCUACAGUUCCAAUUGCAGCUGAGGUCUUCAAGAAGGCUGGGACCUAUGAUCCAAGACGACUUCUAGGUGUCACAAUGCUUGAUGUAGUCAGAGCUAAUACAUUUGUGGCUGAAGUCUUGGGGCUAGAUCCACGGGAAGUUGAUGUUCCAGUUGUAGGAGGUCAUGCUGGUGUGACAAUUUUACCUCUUCUCUCCCAGGUUAAACCUGCAUGCUCUUUCACCCAAGAAGAGACUGAGUACCUGACAUCUCGCAUCCAGAAUGGUGGGACUGAAGUUGUUGAGGCCAAAGCAGGUGCAGGUUCUGCAACUCUUUCUAUGGCAUACGCAGCUGUGAAAUUUGCUGAUGCUUGCUUGAGAGGAUUGAGGGGAGAUGCUGGUGUUGUCGAAUGUGCAUUCGUGUCUUCUCAGGUAACUGAACUUCCGUUCUUUGCUUCAAGAGUGCGCCUUGGGCGCAAUGGAGUCGAGGAGAUCUACCCACUCGGUCCACUAAAUGAAUACGAAAGGGUUGGUUUGGAGAAGGCAAAGAAAGAGUUGGCGGGAAGCAUUGAAAAGGGUGUUUCGUUUGUGAGGAAAUGAGCAUGGAGCUUUAAGGAGUUUGUCGACCAGCGUAGCUUGCAUCCUCAAACGAUCACACUUCCUGUAAUAAGUGGUAGUCCUUGUUGUUCCUAAACUGGACAGCGACUUGAGAACGCUGAUGUACCCUUUUUCUAUAGAAUAAUAAAGAUAAUAGGUGAAUGGAUCCUCCCAAUUCUCAUUUC